AAAUUGCAAAACAAAACAAACUUCACAAGAAUGUUGAAAAUCAAGUAGUUUGUGAUUUAAUAUGAAUACCGAAUAUAAUAGUGAAACGUUUGAUUCAAAAGAUUAUUUGCAACGAUAUUAUCAAACAAUAAAUGGACAUCAAGAUGAAAACUACGACAACUAUUUUAUAGAUCAAUUAUUAGAUGUUAUUAAUCAUAACGAAAUAAAUGGUUCUUCAUUGUUAGACGUUGGCUCUGGACCAUGUAUGCAUACGGCAAUAAUAUCAAGCAAAAGAUUCAGUAAUAUUUAUUUAAGUGAUUAUUUGAGAUCAAACAGAGAGGAACUGACUAAAUGGUUAAAAAACGAUCAAAGCGCGCAUGAUUGGACUAGUUUUCUUGAGUAUAUUAGUAAGAAGGAGUCUUCAAGUGUUGAAGAAAUUUCUAAAAGAACUAAAGAAUCAGUAAAAGGUUGCAUACAAAUAGAUGUUAAUUUGACUAACCCACUGGAGCCCAAUUGGUUUAAUCAAUUCGAUUGCAUACUUACGUCACUGUGUCUUGAAGCGGCUUGCCCUGAUUUUGACUCAUACAAUAAAGCAAUUGAAAAUUUAAGCAACUUGCUAAAAGUAAAUGGCUGUAUGAUUAUGAUGGGCGUUUUAGGUGAAACUUUUUACAGAGUUGCAGAUGUAAAAUGGGGUUGUCUUAAACUUGAAAUAAAUGAUAUAAAGCAAGCAUUAAUUAGAAAUGGGCACGAAGUUUUAUUUUAUAACUCGCAAAAGUUAAACAACAAAGAAAGCGAUACAUCAGACUGCAAUGGAUUAUUCAUAGUUUUAUCAAAAAAGAAGUAGUGUUAACUGCUGGAAUUGACCGUUAUAAAUGGUUUGAUGCAAAAGACACAAGCUGUGCCAUUAUUAUUAUGCGCUAUUAUGAACAUCUUUAAAUUUAUCUACAUUAUCAAUUUUAUUA